UUUUGAGCACAGUGACUCUUUUCACUUGGCACAGAGGCAACAGCUUAUUAACAUUAACCUGAUGAAGGAAUAGAAACAAUUUUAGCUUUUACAAGGUCACCCAGUCCUGGUUAAUUACAGGUAAUGAUAUUGAGUCUCUCUCACUCUUACACACACACACACACACACACACACACACACACACACACACACACACACACACACACACACACAUAAAUGACGCAAAGCAAAACAAAUCGCCCAUCAUUUCCUAUAUGCCCACCCACCAGGUCUAGUGGUGUAUAACAGUCUUUUCAUGUCAGACCUGCAGAGAAUCCAUCGACAACAGUGCUGCACCUUGGUUUAGAACACAAAGAGAGGAGCACUGCCGAAGCAAAUAAGCACAUCACAGAAAUAUAAUUGGCUUUGAUGUGUGAAGAUGAUGGUGGAAUCAGACUCUGAUCACGGUCCAGAGUGUGUGUCUGUAUGCAACAAGUCUGCAACUCUGACAGGCCAAGGGCCACCGGUGUUGGUUAAUGCCUGGCUGGUCCCCACUUUCUUUGGCUUCAUCAUGCUGGUCGGUCUAGUUGGGAACUCUUUAGUGAUCCAUGUUAUCACCAAACACCAGAAGAUGAAGACUGUUGCCAAUUUCUUUAUAGUGAAUCUUGCUACAACUGACAUCUUGUUUCUUAUUUGCUGUGUGCCUUUUACUGCUACACUGUACCUGCUGCCCAGCUGGAUCUUUGGAGAGUUUAUGUGCCGUCUGGUGAACUAUCUUCAGCAAGUGACUGCACAGGCGACAUGUAUCACUCUGUCAGCAAUGAGUGUCGACUGCUGCUACACGACUUUGUACCCUCUGCAAUCUCUGAGACAUCGCACGCCUCGGAGGGCUCUGGCCAUCUCCCUGCCUAUCUGGAUAGGCUCCUUGAUUCUGUCCAUCUCUGUCGCUGUGUACGAGCGUCUGGAAGUGGGAUACUGCUGGUUCGGUCCUCAGACAUACUGCAGUGAUGUUUUUCCCUCUGCCCACCUCCAGUGGUGGAGGUGGGCAGAGGUCACCAUCUAAAGCUUUCUAGCUGUCUACCUCUUACCCCUGCUUACCAUCACUGCGUGUUAUGCCAUCAUGCUCAAGCGGAUGGGCCAGCCCAGCGUGAAUCCCAUUGGCAGUGGCUACCAAUUAAAUCGUGCAGUAGCAGUACGGGCGCGAGUCUCUCCUAUGGUGGUGGUGAUGGUGUCUCUGUUCCUCGUCUGUUGGGGGCCGAUCCAGGUUUGCAUCCUCCUGCAAGCUUUUGGCCUCCGGAGUUACAUCCCGUUUUGGGAAAACUACAACUACAAAACUAUUACUCAGAUGUUUGGUUAUCCCAUUGAACUGAAGAUUUGGGGUCACUGCAUGUCUUACUCCAACUCUUCUGUAAACCCGUUUGUGUAUGCUUUCAUGGGCAACAACUUUAGAAAGGCUUUCAAGCAUGCCUUCCCUGCCAUUUUGCUGUGGCGCUCAAGAGGGAAAGUCAGAGUGGGAAAUACGGACACAGAGGAAGGAGUAGAGACGGAUCAUCGGGCACCCAAAGGAGAAGCAGAGAUGCACUUUCUUUCAUCUGGCCCCUAAAGGCCAUGCUGAGCAUUUGGACACGGUGCACUCAUUGUUUAUUUAUACUUUCUCCUGAGAUGAGAGCAGUCUACUCACUGUAGUAUAUGUUUGCUUGGACACGCACACACACACACACACACACUGAAACAUUGUAUAAUUCCAUGUGAUCUCUAAAAAGGGACAAACCGGUCAAGCGAGUCUCGUGUGUUUCACGAGCUGCUGAAAUACAAUUAUCUCUGUCACGCUUUUCUAAGUUACGGUUAAAUUAAUGCUGUCAGCCUGACUGCUAGAGCUUCUGGUUUUACCUUUGUUACAACUUCGUAGAAAAAAACAAACUGUGCCAACAGCAACUGCAAUGGACUAUUUCCAUUUGAUAGAAAAUUGUCUUGCUGAAUC